AUGGCAGUGGUAGUGAGUAGUAAUAGUAGAAGUUUCGACGUAGAGAAAGAGGAGCGCGGCGCCGAAAUUGGAAGGGACCCUCUGCCGCUCAACCUCACCGCCGGCUCCCGCCUCGGCAUCGGCCUCUUCCGCCUCGCCAAAGGAUUGGAUUACCCGGAAAUAUCUACCCGGUUCGGGGUUCCGGUUUCCGUGGCAAAGUUCUGCGUGAAGCAGCUCUGCAGGGUUCUCUGCACCGAUUUCCGGUUCUGGAUCUCGUUCCCGAAUCCGAACGAGCUUGGUUCGGUUUCGCAAGAAUUCGAAGGCCUCACCGGUCUCCCCCAUUGCUGCGGGGUGCUGCACUGCACUAGGUUCGAGGUUGUAAGCCCCCCCCGAGACCCUCCUUCGCCGCCUUCUCCGGUGGCUGCACAAUUGGUUGUUGAUUCAUCCUGCCGGAUUCUGAGCGUUGCCGCUGGUUUUUUCGGCCGCAAGAGCAAUUCAAGAAUCGUAAAGUCUUCUUCUUUGUUCCAAGACAUAGAAGAAGGGACAUUAUUGAAUUCUCCUCCGGUUAAGGCUAUGAACAAUGGCGUUGAGGUUGAUGUGAAACAGUAUUUAGUUGGAGGUGGUGAAGGGUACCCUCUGCUUCCUUGGCUCAUGGUCCCUUUCGCGGCCGAGGAGGCUGCGACUAGUUCCAAUGAGGAGAGUUUCAAUGUGGCGAUCGAUGUUACGAAGAUUCCGGCGAUUAGAACUGCUGCGAGUUUGAGGAAUUGGGGUGUUCUUGAUGGACCAGUUCUCGAGGAGGUUAAGGUUGCUGUGGCUUACAUCGGCGCGUGUUCCAUUCUUCAUAAUGGUUUGUUGAUGAGAGAGGAUUUCUCUGCUUUGGCAGGCGAAAUCGAAGGUUACCAGCUUCAGCAACAGAGGUAUAGAGAGUUUUGUAGGUUGGAUUUAGAGAAUGAUGAUUCAAUUACAGAGAAGGCUUUGGUUAUACGUAGCACAUUGGCUACAAUGGUGAAGAAAAAUUCUUAA